CCGCUGCUCCUCACGAAUUAAGAUGCCUGGAUUCCCUGAAAUCAAGUCAAAGCACUCUCUGGUCGCUAAGCAUGUGACUGAAGAGCUGUGGAACAAACUUGGCGAUCAUAAAACUGCUACGUCUGGAUUUACUCUGGGUAAAGCUAUCGCUUGUGCUGUUGAGUUUGAUGAUCAGCACUGUGGUAUAUAUGCUGGAGAUGCUGAUAGCUACAAUGAUUUUGCCGAGGUCUUCGAUCCUAUCAUUCAGGAAUACCAUGGAAUUACUGCCGACAGCACCCAUACCAGUGACAUGGAUUUUACCAAGAUUCAGGGUAACAUUGAUGAUGAUGUUCCCGUCAAAUCCACCAGGAUCCGUGUUGGACGCAGCAUUGAAGGGUUCGGUCUGUCUCCUGGAAUCACCAAGGAGCAGAGACUGGAGGUCGAGAACCUCAUGAAGAACGCAUUCGGCAAGCUCGAAGGAGAUCUUGCAGGCGACUACUUUCCCCUUCUCGGUAUGGAGGAAGAUGUUCGUCAGAAGCUCGUCGACGAUCAUUUCCUGUUCGUCUCCGGCGACAAGAAUCUGAUCGCCGCCGGUAUGGAGAGGGACUGGCCUGAGGGUCGGGGCAUCUUCCACAACGCCGAGAAGACCUUCCUGGUGUGGGUGAACGAGGAGGAUCAGCUCAGGAUCAUCUCUAUGCAGGAGGGAGGGGACGUCAAGGGUGUGUUUGAGAGACUCGCUAGAGGAAUCAACGCCGUACAGGAUUCUGUGAAGGGAGAAUCCGGAAAGGAUUUCUUGCUCUCUGAUAAAUACGGAUUCCUGCAUUCCUGCCCAACCAAUCUUGGAACAGGUAUGAGAGCCAGCGUACAUGUCGACCUCCCUGGAUGGACCAAGGAGGGAUUACCAGCUCUUAAGGCUAGAUGUGAAGAGCUCCAGGUACAGCCUAGAGGAACCAGAGGAGAAUCUGGCGGUCAAACAGGAGUGACCUACGACAUCUCCAAUAAGCAUCGUCUCGGCUACAGUGAGGUGGAGCUGGUCCAGAAGAUGAUUGAUGGAGUCAACACCCUCUGGAAGGAGGACAAAGCCCUCCAGGCCAAGCACGGCCUCUAAACGGCCACUCUGCCGUCCUCCGGGGAGUUUGGAACCUCGAGGAUUAAUACUAAGCGAUCCCGUAGUCAGCACGUAGUUUUAUUCACUAUUUAUGUGGUUUAUGUAAACUAAUGGUUUUAUUAUUUACAGUUAAUAUGCUUUAUUCUUGCGACAUUGAUUGAUCAAUGUCAACAAUGCUUUUAACCCAGCUUUAACAAUUGGCUACCAAAGAUCUAAAAUAUGUUAAUCAAAUUAGUCUUCUCGAGUGUAGAAUUUAACAAAAAUAUGGAAUGAUUUGGUUGUGAUUUCUUGAUUGAAAAUAGAAUUUAAUCUUCCAUUGUAAGUUAUUUUCUCCCUCUACCGGUGUUAAUAUUAAACAUUGUGAUUUAGAUUCGCACUUGCAUUUACUCGAUCUCUAGUUAUCUAAUGAAAUAUACACUCCGUAUAAACAACUACUAAUAUUCCAGA